AUGAUUCAUGGACAGGUUCACGGAUUUCUUUUUCUAAAUGGGAUUUCAAAUAUUAUGUCUUUUUUUUGGAAAACGGAGGAAAGGGUAUUUCUUUGGGAAUUGGGAAAUGCAAAGGGUCUUUCGGAAAAGUGCAAAAGUGCAAAGGAUAUUUCUUUGGGAAACGGGAAAUGCAAAUGGUUUUUCGGGAAAUGCAAAUGGAAUUUUCGACUUCAAAUCUUGGAUAGUUCAGAAGUUGAGUUUGAGAGUUUAAACUGUUUGGGAAUAUCCAGUAUUAGAUACGUGGUUUCGGAAUAUCUGGAUAAGGGUUCAAGAGUAUGGAAUUGGAUACGGGCUAUAAAAUGGGAAGUUCUUUUCAGCUCUGGAUUUUCUUUCGAAAUGUUAAUUAAUGUUUCCUUUUUCUUUUCUGUAAGUUUUGGAUUUCAGUUUGGGUCAACGCUUCAGGAUUCCGAGCUAAAGAUUGGUUUCGGUCAGCUUUUGGAAUAUUGGAUAAGAUUGUCUUCACAUUUCAGUGAUACAACUUUCACUUUUUCUGAUUCUUCUAGAAAAGUUAUUAUUCUUUCUUGUAGAUGGGCAUUGCAUUGGGUUAAUAAUCCUAAAGCAAAAGAACUAUUUGAGUUUCUUACAGAUGAUGCAAUGGAAAUUGCAUUGAGAGAAGAUCCUGUAAAUAUUAUACUUACGUUUGAUGGCUGGAUGAAUGUGAAGAGUGAACAGUUAUUAGGUGUAGUUUUAAUGACGUCAGAGGGAAGGCCUUUUGUAUGGAAAGCAGCUGAUAUUAGUUCAGAAAGGGAAACACAUCUUGAAGUGAUGGAAAAAACAGAAGCUAUGAUUGCUGAUUUAGAAAAAAAAAGAAUUCAACAAGCUUUACAGAUAUUUGCAAUAAAUUACAAACCAUCUCUUAAUCAAACUCGAAGAAAGACAGAAGAAACUCCAACUAUUUCACACAAAAUUUUUGAAAUUAUUGAUUCAACUACAUUUUGGACUAAUAUAAAUACAAUUGUAGAAAUAUUAUAUCCUUAUUGUAAGUUUCUUAACAUUCUUCAACAAGAUAAAGCACGCUUAUUUCAGGUUAUUCAUAGUCUUGCAUAUCUUGCACAAUUUUGGAAUAAUUAUGAAGAUACUCAGCUUUCUGCAAAAAUAUUAUUUCAAUUAGAAAAAAAGUGGAAUGACUGGGAACAGCCACUUCUUUUGUUAUCAUGUUUAUUACAUCCCGAAUAUCCAUGGUCUGGAAAAGAAUCAACUUGUAUUUUACGUGAAUUUGAUGAUUUUUGUUUGGAAAAAUAUCCUUUUGAUAAUAAUACAUAUAAGCAAUUUAAUAGUGAUAUUUGGAGAUACUGGUGUUAUGCAAAGGAUUCCACUAAUGAAUUAGGUUUUGUUGCUUGUAGAUUAUUUGGAAUUUGCAUAAAUGCAGCUUUUGUUGAGCGUCUUUGGAGUUGUAUGGGGUUUUUGCAAUCAAAUUGGAGAAAUCGCUUAAUGUUAUCAUCAAAGGCCCUUAAUAUAAGCAAAUUAAGAGCAGAUAUUACAUGGAAAUAUCAUGUCAAGUCUAAUUCUUCUAUUCCAACUCCACUUAAAGAAUCUGAUAAUGAGGAGAUAGAUUUAAGUCAUUUAACUGAUUUAGAAAAGGAAUUUGGUAAUUAUUUACAGGGAUGGGCAGAAAUGUUAGAAGAAGAAACUCUCAAAUUUCAAAAUGAAGAAAAUGAAAUUAAUGAAGUAAAUGAAAUAACAGUUAGUGAUGUUACUCAUCCUGCAGUUGAUACAAAUGCCAAAUGGGAUUUAAAUUCUCUUUUUAAAGAAUUAGAAUUACCAUUUUAA